AUGAUCCAUGCGAGAAUUUCUUCACCUCGUCGUAGUUUAUCUCCAAAAAAACGACGAACUAGUAGUAGAAAAACAUCAAUCGCAUCAGCAAAAAUAAUACAACAAACUAACGAAGAACUAAAAGAUCCAAUUCCAAAUAAUUAUUCGAAUUUUUACAAGUAUGGUAAAGGUCAAGUGGACAUUAAUAAUAUAUUGAAAAAUAAAAAAUCAUAUCCAGUUGCACCUGAUGCUUUUAUACCUAAUUCAAGUUUUCGUACAGUAUUUAAACGAAAAGAAAUUAAACCAAUUGAAGUAAAAGCAUUUGAAUUAAGAUUAGAUAUACUUAAAAAUCUUAAGAAUUCCAAUGGGCAAGAUAAUGAUGAAUUUGUAGAAUUAACCGAUCCAGAUAUUGCAUCAAAACCAGCUAGCGGAAAAAAAUUAAAAGGAAAUCUUAUUUCACGUAAAAAGGCUCAUAAUGAUCCGACAUCAGAAGAUACGAUUCGUAAUAAAUAUUGGAACAAGGAUACACUUCCAGAUUUAUUCAAACGAAUGGAAAAUGAAUCAUGGUGGUUAAAAGCAAAAGAAGAAAAACCUAAUCUUUUUUCAUUUCUAAUUUAUUUAAAAGAAAUAAUUAAAUUAAAACAGGUUAUUUCAUAUGAAUCAGCAUGUUAUUAUGUUGUUGAAAUAUUUCGAAUUUAUGGUAUUGAAUCAUUAUUUGUCAAUCAAAUUCUUGAUAUUCUUCUUAGUCAUAUAUCAAUAGAUGAAAAUAAUGUUUUAAAUAUAUGUACUAUUCGUACGAUUGCUCAAUUUAUGAUUGAACGAAAAGAUAUCAUUGUUCAAUUACUGGAAUAUGCACUUAAUUUUCAACCGGAUAAUAUAUUUCGACAAGAAAUUAUCAAUACAAUCAAAUUUAUUACUGAUAUUAAUGAUUCAGAUAAGAUUAAUUUAGUUCUUGAUAAUAUAUCUGCUGUUUAUGAUUAUCCAGAAGAUAAUUUUUCAUUAAAAUUAAUUAUAGAAAAUAUUAAAAAUACGCCGAAAACAGAAGAAUCAGAUUCAAUUAAUGAAGAACAAGAAGAAGAAAAUAAUGAUAUUCAUCCAUUAUUGAAAAAAAUAUCUAAAGAACGAUGGUUUCCUCAAGAAAAAGUUUUAAUCACUGUUGAUUAUAUCCUCGAUGUCAUUAUAAUAAAAUUAUCAGAUGCAUCAAAAACAUUGCUUAAAACAUUAACGACACAUCUUAUUCAAUUAAAUCGCGUGAUUGGUUAUUCAAAAGAACAGUUGGAUCGAGUUUCAGAUAUUUUUAUAUUACUAUUAUCACAUGAUGAAGCUGAUUAUCGAUUAAUUGCUGCAACAAAUCUUGCUAAUCUUAAUACAGAAACUAAGGCUAUUGUAAUUGCAUUACUAAACUCAUAUAUCAAUGAUUCUCGAAUUCUUGUACGAACUGAAUGUUGUGAUACAUUAAAAAUAUUAACAGGUAUCGUUUCUGAUACUAUUUUAAAAGAUUGUGCAGAUGAUAUUUUGCUUUUACAAGAUUUCCCAGAAGAAAAUUUUAGUCUACAAAAUUAUUUAAACGAAAAAAAUCGUGUACCAACUCCAUUAGAAUCAAUGGAUGAAUCAUUAUUAUUAUUACCCGUAGACGAACCUAUUUCAACCGAACAAAAUCUAAAUAUGAAUCAAAUAGAUAAAAAUGAAGAUAAUACUUUUAUAGUUAAUUCUCGUUCAUCUUCUCCACAAACUAGUAAACGACCGUCAAUUAUAAAUAGAUUUUCUCUUCCAAGACUAUCUCAAUCUAAUAAUUUUACUGCUCGAUCAAGUUUAAUUCCACCACUAACACCUAUUCAACCAGUUAAUAUUGAUGAAAAAAGAAACUCUAUUCCAUUAGAUAAAAGAUAUUCUCAACAGAAAAGUCAUUCAAUUUCUUCAAUUAAAAGUACUAUAUCAGUCCAAAUCAGUAAAAAACGUUCAUCACUUUUAUCAAACACAUGCAAUUCAUAUGUAAUUGAAAAUAAUAAUAUUGAUCAAAAUGAAGAUGAUGAAUCAUCACAAUCAAAUUUUUCUUCGCCGUCACAAACAAUACUUAACGAUGAUUCUAUUGACACAAUUAUUGAAGAACAUAAACAAACAGUUGGUUUUUAUCGUAUGAUACCAAAUCGUCGAAUACUUAUUCCACAUAAGAUUACAAUGGAUAAUAUAUUUGGUGAUGAAUCACAUAUUAUGAUUAAUCAACACUUCUCUCAAGCACAUCCUAUAAAUUUACAUUCAUUUCGAUCACGAUUCGAUCUUACAAAUACAAUGAGUUUAUUAGAUUUUAAUCAUAAUCAACAAUAUUUACAUGAAAUCGAAUCAAUUCAAUUACUUUCAUCACUUGUUAUACGUUCUAUACAAAUACAUAGACAUUAUGAUAAAUUUGUUCCCGGAUUAUUCUCAGCAAAUUUUACAAAUCUAUUAAAUAUUUCACAAAUGCAAUUGAAUUCAUCAGCAAAUAUGAAUAUGUCAACAAAAUUACCACCAAUUAUACAUCAACGACCGACAUCGAGACAAUAUGCUCAUAUUCAAUCAAACGCAGAAGCAAGAGCAAUUAGAGAAGGUAUUAAUAUUUACAAAGCUCAAUAUAUGGAAGGUAUAUUAUCUAACCUUCGUAAAACUCAUAAAGAACAAACCAAAACAACACUAACUUCAUCAUCUUCACAUCUUUCAAAUUCGAAACAAAACGAUAUUACACAUGCUUGGCUUCUUAUCAAUUUAUUAAAAUCUCACGGUAUAUUUUAUUCGGAAAGUUAUCUUCAAAAAAUUAUUCAAUUUUAUCCAAAAUUUCUACCAUUACUUCAUACAAAAAUACCACAACAUCGUAUAUAUACUAUUUGGAAUGAUCCAAUUAUGAAACAAAUUGCAUCAAUAUUAGGUCACAAACAAAAUGAAAUAUCAGUGAAAAGUUAUACAGAAUCAUUAGUACCGCUAACAAACGAUGAAUAUUCAUUAAAUAGUUUUGAUUAUUUAUCAUCAAUACAUCAUGAUGAUUCUAAGAAAAAAUUUGUACCAUCUAUUCGUGGUUCCAAAAUGAAUAUAUCACGUCAAGUUCUCAAAUCUUGUUUUGAAGAUAUGGAAAUGAAUUCAAUAAUAUCAUCAAAUAAUUCCAUACGUGGGGAAAAUCGAUCAAAAUUAUAUAAAGGUCGGGUUGAUAUACAUUCUAUGUUGGAUCAAAAAGAAUCUGUAAAAAAUCGAUCACAACAAAUGACUAAAACAAGUGGAUUCCUACCGAUUAUAGUACGAGCUCCGAUGUGCCAUUAA